AUCACAUAUUAUGAUUUAUCCUCCUUGCAGGUGCCAGAAAAGAAGAAAUUAAGAAUGUGGAUGGUCCUAUCUCCCUCUCUUGAAACACAAAUCCACAACACAAUCACAACACAAACCUAUCAGCAUCAUCAUCUCCAAUUCAAACCGAAGACAACAAGAAUCACUUUCCCUUACAAACCAAAAUGCCAACACCAACAACAAAAACAACCCAAAUCCCAAGAAGACUUCAUCCCAUUCAAAGACGUAAAAACACUAGCGAAAUUCAAAUCAAGACACAACUACAUCCGUGUUCUAGAAGUUUCUAGAAAAGCCGACCACCCAUUCCGCGGUUCCCGCCUUCUCCUCCUUGAUAAUCCUGGAAACAUCCACAGCAUUUCCUUCCUAUUCAAAACCCUAACAGACACUUACUUCGACGUCUUCGCAACACUCCCGCCAAUCAUACCGCCAGGACCCAUUGCUGUUCUUGGCUUUGGUGCCGGCUCUACUGCCAGUAUCAUCCUUAAGUUUUACCCCAAUGCGGUUGUCCAUGGCUGGGAACUUGAUACUUCUGUAAUUGAUGUUGCCCGAGAGUUUUUCAAUCUUGACAAGAUUGAAAGAGAGAAUAAAAAUAGACUUUUUGUUUAUGUUGGAAAUGCUUUAACAGCGAGUUUGGUAGGUGGGUUUUCAGGCAUUAUUGUUGAUUUGUUUUCGAAGGGGAGUUUGAUACCGGAGCUUCAAGAGACUGCGACGUGGGAGAAACUACGCAAGUCUUUGAGAAAAGGUGGGAGGAUAAUGGUGAAUGUUGGAGGGAGUUGUGUGGAGGCUGAGGAUAAGGGUAGAGAUGGGAAUCUUGUGAUGGAAGAAACCUUGAAAACUAUGAAGAUGGUUUUUGGUGAGAAGCUUUUUGUUCUUAGACUUGGGAAUCGUGGAGAGGAUAGUUCUCUUGCUCUUACAGGUGACUUUCCUGAUAUUGAUUCGUGGAAGAACGCGCUUCCGAAUUCGUUGAGAUGUUAUGUUGAUUUAUGGAGACCUUAUUCUGGUUAGUGUAAUUGUUUGCGCUGAAAUAAACAUGCUCACCAAUUGUUUGUGUUUAUUCCUAUGUGAAACUAGGCUUCGCUCCCUCAUUUUUUUUUUUUCCAGUGGUUUGAGGAAGACCACAGAUAAAUCAUAAAUCCCAUUUUGUGCAGAAUAUGAGUUGUAAUUUGUAAUGUUAACAUGCAAUUAAAUUAUGAGCAAAAUGCUUAAUUGUUUCACAUUUAAUUUUC